UUGGGCUCAAGGGAUAUAAUUGGGCAUCUAACUGAGCUUUGUAUUUCCUCUUUCCAGACAAUGCAGAUCUUCGUCAAAACUGUUGUUGACAAAAUUAUAACUCUCGAGGUUGGACAAAAUGAUUUUAUUGAGAAUGUGAAGGCAAAGAUUGAAGAGAAAGAGGGAUUCCCAAUAGAAGAGCAAAGAUUGAUAUAUGGUGCCAGGCAGUUGGAAGAUGAUCGUACUUUCUCCAACUACAACAUUCAAAAGGACUCCACUUUGCACUUGUUAUUGCGUCUCCGUGGUGGGGUUGGUAUGCAAAUUUUUGUCAAAAAUCUAAGUGGAAACACAAUAACACUUAACGUUGAGCUGGGUGAAACGGUAGAAAGCGUGAAGGCGAAGAUUCAAGCUAAAGAGGGCAUCCCGCCAAAUCAACAACGACUCGUUUUUGCUGGUCAACAGUUGGAAGAUGGACAUAACAUUUCUGAAUACAAUGUCCAGAAGGAAUCGACUAUUCAUCUUGCUCUUAUCCUUCCUGGUGGUAUUUUUUUCUACUAA